AUGCUCAAGGGUCCUACAAUGCAAGAUGACCUACUUUCAAUGCUUCUACGAUUCAGAAAACAUAAGUUUGCCUUCUCAGCAGAUAUUGAGAAGAUGUACCGCCAGGUAAAUGUCAGCACAGAAGACAGUUAUCUACAACUCAUUGUUUGGAGGGACAACCCUAAUAAAGAUCUGAGGUACUAUCGCUUGAAGACAGUUACUUAUGGUAUAACGGCCGCACCUUAUCUAGCAACACGAUGUUUGGUAGAAUUAGCAAACACAUCAAAGAAAUCACAUCUACUUGCAUCGAGCGCAAUCAAGGAUUUCUACGUGGACGACGUCAUGACAGGAAGCAACAGCCUCAAGGAAGCUGUAAAAAUUCAGGAUGAGUUAAAAACAUUGUUGCAGUCAGCUGGGUUCAACCUCCGUAAGUGGUGCGCAAACGAUGUACGGCUGCUUUCAUCAAUACCGAGCGAAGACAGAGAAGAGGAGCUUUCUGUCGAUGACUCAACGGAUGAAGGCGUGAAAACGUUAGGGUUUACCGGGAACCCCAAGUUAGAUCAUUUUCGCAUAACCACCGUUUGGAACGAGCCAACCAAGGAAUUGUGGUCACUAAAACUUGAUUGGGAUGAAGCCAUACCAAUGGGACUUCACACUCGGUGGCUUCAAUUCCGCCAAGAACUUGCAGAUCUUAACAGAAUUCGAAUACCCAGAUAUUUGGAAACGAAAAAUGCCACAGUCAGUCUACACGCUUUCUCGGAUGCUAGUGAAAGGGCGUACGGUGUGGUAAUAUAUCUACGCAGUAUAAAUAACCAUGGAGAUAUAAAGGUGAGACUUCUCUGUUCCAAGUCCAGAGUGGCUACAGUGAAACCUAUCACUCUACCAAGACUGGAAUUAUGUGCAGCAACCCUUAUGGCUCGUCUAACAGAUCGUGUAACAAAAAUCCUCAACAUGGAGAUCGGCAGCAUACACUAUUGGACAGAUUCGCAGAUCGUCUUAGCUUGGACGCAAUCCAGGCCCUCAUCGUUUCACACCUUUGUGGCAAACAGAAUGUCAUCAAUACAAGAGUUAACAAAUACAUCUAACUGGCGGUAUGUGAAUACGAAACACAAUCCUGCUGACUUGGUAUCCAGAGGAGCCCGACCUAGUGAACUCAUCAAUUCAAAAAUAUGGUUCCAGGGCCACGAAUUUCUCUCACAACCAGAGAUUAGCUGGCCAUGUGAAGUUAUCAAAGAACCUAAGGAUCUUCCAGAGCAAAAAACAAUUCGUACGGUCCUCACAACUAGCGCUGUUAACGAUCACUUUAUCGACAGGAUCGACCACCGAAAUUCCUUCACCCAUCUGAAACGAAUCAUUGCAACAGUCCUACGAGCAAUCCAAUGCUUCAAGGGAAAAAGGGUGGGUCAUAGGUUUCUUUCGGUCGCAGAAUUAGAAGAAGCACUCACACUCAUUAUAAGGCACAUGCAAGUAAAGGAAUUCAAGGCUGAAAUCAAACAAUUACGACGGGAACGGCCAAUCGAUUCAAAGAGUAAAUUCACUAAACUCACACCGUUCUUGGACAAUAACUCCAUCAUUAGAGUUGGAGGAAGACUACAAAACGCCAGUAUACCAUACACUGCAAAACAUCCUGCAAUCUUACCUACUUCGCAUCCAUUUACCAAGCUUUUACUCGUCGAUCUCCACAAGGAUAACUUACACAUUGCGACUCAAGCUUUGCGAGCAACAGCAUGGCAACAAUUUUGGAUUCUUCGAGACAAAGGUUUAGCAUCCGCAGUUGUUCACGAAUGCGUUCAAUGCUCCAGGCUGAACCCUCAAACAUUCAAACAGCUCAUGGGAACUCUUCCUGAUGCUCGGGUUCAACCAGCCAGACCAUUUAUCAACGUUGGCAUAGACUUCUGUGGUCCCGUUUUCACCCAUUGCAAAAUCCGAGGAAAACGACUGACAAAAAUAUAUAUGUAUCUGUGUAUUUUGCUGCUUUACAACCAAGGCCUGUCACUUAGAGAUUUAGACUACGCAGCAUAUCUAGAAGGUGAAAUUGAAAAAUCGAGAGCAAGUGAACACUAUCUACACACACUCAUGAAAAAUCAAAUAUCGCUCCUUGAGACCACCACAAAUCUUUUCAAAAGGAAGAGAAAUCACAUUCAAGAACAGUUUAAGGCGAUACAUGACUAUUUGAAACAGCUCUCUGGAGUAAUUAGCAGUGUAACUCAGCAACAAAUUUUCACUACAUUUUGUAUCCGUACUAUGAUGGCGCUGCAAACUUACCAAGAUACCCAAAGGGCGUUAUGGGAUAUAAUGCUCGAUUUGCAACACGGAACCAUUAAUCCAUUACUAGUAAAGCCACAACAGCACCAACAACAAAUAACACUCAUUCAGAAGACUGUUCCUCCGAAUCUAAGGAUUCCGAUUAGUCGAACGAUUGGAGAUCUUUCACUGUACAAGACGUUUUCUAUAUCAGCUGAAGUGCAACCUUGCUCACCAACAAUGACGUUAGCCUUUUUGAACAAGUUUCUGGCUAAUCCAUCCAACAGUUUCAUCACAGAUAAGUGGCUGAAACCUUCAAGAGUCAUCUUCAUUGCAUAA